UGCUAAAAACAAACAUUCUGGCCGGCCAUGAUUACACCGUGCUAAUUCAUUUAGGUUCAGAGAUAAAUCUACAACGCUGGAUCAAGAAAAUUAGCGAUGGUCGUUCGCUACAAGCUUACAGCUUUGUUUCCAAAUAUUCAAAUUUGCUGAACAGUCCAGAACACUUCAGAUGUUUUGCUUGGCCAUGUCGAUAUUUUUCUACGUUGUCAGCUUGCGCUUCUGACGAACAGGUAUCGACUUUGAGCGAAGUGCCCGUUUUUCAAUCUGAUGACAAUCCAAAGCAACUCGAACCCCUAUCUUUGGACCGUAAAAACCUACCAUUCUCAAAAAAAAAAAGCAGUCUAAAUGACAGAGACACAACAAAUCAGGAUACAACCUUCGUUUCUAGCUAUUAUCGCAUCGAACAAUCUGUUAUAACUUCAUAUCUAAUGCGCAAAAACCUUGUUUUUAAGCGAAAUGAAAAAAACCAAAUAAUGCUCAAGGAGUGCCCAUUCUGCCACGACACAAAAUCAAAGCCAACAAAUUUAUGGAAGCUGUAUAUUUACACGGACAACGGGAGAUAUUUUUGCUUUAGAUGUGAUGCCCAAGGUUCAUGGUUUGACUUUCAAAAAAGGCUCGGUGAUCCUUAUUCUAUUUCCCACAGCAAAAAUCAUGGUCACAAGCUGACUGCGACCAACCAGCAUCCCCAACUAAAUUUGAUGAGUAACCAACCUAAGACAUUAGAUCAAGAUAAACUCGCCAAGUAUAUAUCGAAUCUCGAAAAACUUCCUCAGGCGAUCGACUAUCUAAAGAACGUCAGAAAGCUUGAUGCGAGGGUCUACCAGGCUUACAAAAUAGGUUCUUGCGUGCUGAGGACAUACAAAUCUCUAAAGGACCCUGACGAAGCAAAUACGUUGUCAGAUAGAACAGAAGAUCACAUAUGCAUCACAUUCCCAUGGAUCGAGUACAAUGCCGCCGGAAAAGAAGUUUUUCAUCGCGUAAAAAUCAGAAGCAUUACGGAAAAGUCUCUACAGCGCCUCGAACCAGCCGGUGGACGAUGGGGUUGGUUCGGAAUGCAUCUUGUUCCCGAGGAUGCCAAAAGCAUUAUUAUCACAGAAGGUGAGUUCGAUGCGAUGGCUGUGUACCAAGCAACUGGCCUACCAGCCAUCUCCUUACCAGCUGGCGCAAACUGCCUUCCGAUUGAGCUAUUAGAACAACUGGAGCGCUUUGAGAAGAUUUGGAUAUGGAUGGACGACGACGUCGUUGGACAACAAGGCGCACAAAAAUGUGCCAAAAAACUAGGCGUUGAACGCUGUUCGAUUGUACAAACCCGACUCGGGUUAAAAGAUGGUCCCAAAGAUGCAAACGACGCACUUCGACAAGGAUUAGACCUUAAAAUUUUGCUAAGUCAGGCGAAACCACUCCCUCAUAAAGAAAUCGUGUCAUUCUCUGAGCUCCGAGAACAGGUUUACAGAGAGAUCGCAAACCCAGACCAGGUAGCUGGAAUUAAAUCGACAAGUUUUCCAAAUCUCAGCAAACUUCUAAAAGGGCAUCGUAAAGGCGAGCUGACUAUUUUUUCAGGGCCAACCGGGAUAGGCAAAACAACGCUCUUAGCACAAUUAUCCCUGGACUAUGUUAUGCAAGGGAUACCAACAUUAUGGGGGUCCUUUGAGCUCCAUAACGUCCGACUUGCUAAAAAACUUUUAAACCAAUUUGCAAAAAAAAGUCUAGAAAAAAACAUCCAAGAAUUUGAAUUGAUUGCAGACAAAUUUCAAGAACUUCCUAUCUAUUUCAUGAGAUUUCACGGCUCGACAGAACUGGAUCAAGUCCUAGAUGCUAUGGAGUAUGCAUUAUAUGUCUAUGACGUAGAACACGUGGUCAUCGAUAACCUACAAUUCAUGACGCCAAUGGUAACAGGAAGAGGAUUUGACAAGUUUGAACAAUUGGACUUUGCAAUAUCUAAACUACGCAAUUUUUCAACGUCAAAAAACGUCCAUAUUUCCUUGAUUAUCCAUCCAAGGAAAGAAGACUCCGGACAUGCCCUGUCUACCAACAGCGUGUUCGGCUCCGCGAAGGCGACUCAAGAAGCAGACAAUGUUAUCAUGAUUCAGCAUGGUAAAUUUUAUAGAUAUUUAGAAGUUACUAAAAAUAGAUUUUCUGGGGACUUAGGAAAAGUUGCGUACAAAUACAACAGUUCAGAAAACACAUUUGUAGAGAUGACUGCAGAGGAAAUUCAAGAGGCGGAAAAAAGAGAUAAUCGACCUACAGCGAGUUUGUGGAAGUCAGCUAUUUCGAAUUGAAUAACCUACCUCUGAAGGAUUUGGCCUUUCUAGGUUCCAAUGCUGUUUUCGACAGCUGGCGCAUUUUUGAAUUUGUAGCGCUUGUUGAAGAACACCUAUUUCCUCAGCUUCUAAGGUACAGAGUGACAUACAGACAAACAUCGUCAAUAGGCAAUCGUCAAAUUUGGAAACCGUCGAAUUCAACGUGUAAAAAAGAAAAUAGAUAAACAAGGUCGUUUAUCUGUCGGGAAAUUAACCUUCUACAAUAACGGCCCAAAAGUCGUUAACUGGGCACAUUAUCAAGCCAGCAUUUAAGGUAUUCUUUCGAUAUCAGCACGAUCAGCUAAAGUCCAUCUGAACACGCUCGAUUCGACCUUUUAAAAUACGGACCAAUGUACAACUGCAUCUGGUCUGUGCUUGUUAUACACAAACUUAAACGAGGUUUCAACCUAUCUUGACCGUGCUGCGCAAACGCAUUUACAAUUUGUUCUUUAGAAAAUGUUUUUGAUAACACAAAAUGUCGUCCUCAAGUUUAGCAUUUAUUGUAAAGUCAACGUAUGCGUAGCGAACUCUGUUGAAGUGAUUUCGACUGACAGUAACGAAGAGUAUACUGAAAAUAAUAUAAACAAUAUCCGAAGCUUGUGCCAAAA